AUGCAAAAUCUGAUUGUUCUUUCUACUACAAUUCUGGCAUGUGCAUUGCAAGGUGUUAUGGCACGUGAUUCCUGCAGUGGUGUGGGCGUUCUUGAAGCCGAAUGCAUUAGCGAGUGCGGGUCCGAGAGAAGGCGCCACCACCGCGGAAGAGAGCAUGAUGGCGGGUUGUUCGAUUUCAACUGUGAAUCGUCCGAUUUCGGCUCGGAUUGCCACAGAUCGUGCCGAGACAAGGAGAGACACGUUGCACACGGCCGGCACAUCCUUGAGAAGUGCAUAACACCGUUGGUGUGCGAAGUGGGAUGCAGGGAUCUCACGGACAGGGAGUGUGAGGUUCUGUUGAAGGCGUUCGAUAAUCUCCGUCAGUUCAUAUACAAGGAUUUCAGGGAAUACGAACAAGCAUGGGAGAUGCAAGAUCCGUUGGCGAUGUACCGCAUCGCGUACUGCAACCUUGUUCUGUACAAUUGCCCAUUCGCAAUACAAAUGGCGAGGUGCAUCAAUGAGUCCAAAGCAUGUGUUGGCUCGCUAUCUCUCAGAAUAUGUGGCGAUAAUACAACCUUUACCGUGCAGAGCUCUGUGAACUUCAUCGUUGCAAAUCCCGUAUGCAUUCCCCUGUUCAUUUUAAAGCCAGAGACCUUCUUGAACUGCCCCAUCGAAAUCGAUCUAAUAUUGUUCAAGUACAUAUGUAAAAUGCUAACAAACGUGCGAAAGGGACAUGGGUCAAGCUCGGGAUGCCAUCGAGGGGUGUCCAAGCUGAUCAAGAUGUUCCAUAGCCGAUGCUUCAGGCACGACCGCAACUCCGUGCUCGUGGUCAAGAUGGUAAUUAUCAAACUGUGCGUGGACAUAAGACAGAACUGCAUUGACUGGAGCUUUGGGACGUACUUUGAUAUCCUGGAAAUGAAGCACAGGGGCCGAGAGAGUGGUAGAUCACGCUGCAACUUUACAGCUGCUAUCAAUUACUACUUUGGCACCAUCGGAUCGCGUGGAAAUACGCCUUGCCAUUAAAAAUGAUGUUAGAUAA